AUGGACAGUACGAACAUCAUGAAAUCUCCUGCUGACAACGUAUUAUUCCGCUCGUCGAUGGAGCGAGAGGCAGUCCAUGAUAUUGGACCACUGGAAACUAUCUGCAUUGGCUGGAACAUCUGUAAUAGUUGGGCCGGAGUCGCUGGAACUCUGGCCUUGACUAUUGCAUUGGGCGGCUCGGUAACUCCCAUAUAUGGAGCUAUCGUUUGCUUCGUCAUGGUUGGCUGCAGCGGCUUAACAAUGGCUGAGCUAGUUUCUAUAUAUCCAACAGCGGGUGGCCAAUACCAUUGGACAUCUAUCCUGAGCCCAGAUAAAUGUUCACGCAUCUUGAGUUACGCUUGUGGAUUUGCCAAUAUUUUUGCGUGGAUCGCGGGCACAUCUGGCGUCGCGAUUCUCACAACCCAAGCUAUUCUAGCCAUGGUCAUCUUCCACCAACCAGAUUACGUACCUGAGGAUUGGCAUUACUUUCUCGUCUUCCAAGGCGUGAACAUUUUGGCCUGCAUUCAUAAUAUAUUUACCUUCAAACGAACGCUGUGGAUCAAUGAUGCGUCCUUUGUCCUCACAUUGUCAGGGUUUUUCAUCAUUUUUGUUACCUGUCUGGCCCGUGCUUCGCCAAAACAACCAAGUCAGCUAGUUUGGACCAAUUUUAUUAAUGACAGUGGUUGGCCGGAUGGCAUCAGCUUUUUGACUGGGCUCAUAUCCCCCAAUUACAUGUAUGCUGGUUUGGAUGGAGCCAUUCAUCUUUGCGAAGAGUGCCAGAAUCCCCAGAGUGUUGUGCCCAAAGCGAUUUUGAGCACUAUUUCGAUUGGUUUCGUCACCAGUUUUGUUUUUACAGUGUCCAUGAUAUACUGUAUUGUCGAUUUCGAUGCCGUUAUCAAUACUCCAACGGGCUUCCCCAUCUAUGAGAUUUGGCACCAGGCCACUAGAUCAGGGACUGCGGCUACCGUAUUCAUGGCGAUCUUGCUCGUGGCUGCUUUCGUUGCUCUGAGUGCCAUCCAGCAAACAGCAUCAAGACUAACUUGGUCCUUUGCUAGAGACAAUGCUCUCAUCGGCUCCAAAUUUGUGUGCCGCAUUCAUCCGGAGCUGGGCGUCCCGAUCUGGGGACUACUUGUGAAUAAUGCUGUCGUCUUCAUUAUUGGGUGCAUAUAUCUCGGCUCCUCAACGGCUUUCAAUGCAUUCAUCGGCACGGGACUUAUCCUUCAGCAAUUGUCGUAUGCUUUUCCAGCUGCUUUACUCUUAUAUCGGCGAAGAGCGGUUAAUGUCCUACCAAGAAAGCGAUUAUUUAAACUCUACGGUCCGUUGGGCUGGAUAGCGAAUAUCUUAACAGUCAUAUUCGCUAUUACUGUGCUCGUUUUUUAUAAUUUUCCAGUCAUUCUCCCGGUCACGGGCUCAAAUAUGAACUAUACUUCCGCCGUGCUAGGUACGAUGGCAAUAUUUACCGCGAUCAAUUGGUUCAUUCACGGGAAAGGACUAUACCAUGGACCCAGGCUUGUGGAAGAGUGA